GUGUGUGUGUGUGUGUGUGUGUGUGUGUGUUCCAGAAAUAACUCAGCCUUCAGAGUGUUUCAGCAGCGGUCAGAGGAGGAGGAGGAGGAGGAGGAGGAGGAGGAGGUGGUGGUGACCUACAGACCAGACUUCAUUUAAAAAAUAGCAGAAACAGUCUGAACUUCUUCUGUGUUUAGAACUGAGACCGGAGCAGGACGGUGUGAGUGUCCCGGGUCAGAGAGGGAGGACGGACCGAGCCGUGACGCUGCCUCCUUUCUUCUCCUGUGCUGGUCUAAGUGGAACCAGAUGGUCUGGUCUGGUCCAGGCUCCGGCGCGGCUCCGCUUGUUUUGAACUUCCUGCGGCGCCACAGAACUUCUUCUUCUUCUCAUCAGAGUUAAACUCAGAAGGUUGUGCGCUUGUUUCUGAGUUUAACGGACUUUAAUGGAGUUAACGGUUCCGUUCGGAGUCCAGUUUACCUUCCAUCAGCUGACAGGACGUCGCUGUGAGCACACAAGUUAAAGCGCUGCGCACUUUGGAUCGAGCCGGAACAGAAGUGGAUCUUUUCGGGUGAAGAGUUAAAUGUUAACUUUCUAAAGACUCGUGGUCUCACCGACGAGGACACAAGAUGCGGUCCGGCCGCUCUGAAGCGAAGUUCGGUUCUUCGCCGCGCGUCCCGGCGGCUCGUCUGCUGGUUCCUGGGUCCAUGGCUGCGCGCAGAGCGACCGACUGCAGAAUCAGAGCAUUUUAAGUUUGAUUCGUUACUGAGGGAAUUUCUGUGUCCAAUCAACAUGAGUUAAUACUCUUACAGACUCUGAGAGGUCCACGGGUUUACUCGGCAUCAAUAUAAUCCAUAAAAAGUUCGGGGUGGUUCGGUUGGUCUAACAGACGAAAUAUAUGUUUCAGGAUUGUCCCAAACCUCGCUGAAAAUUCUUCUAUUUUAAAGUUUGUUUGGUUACAACAGAAGUUCUGCUGCUCCUGAACAUAAGUCGGUCCAGUUCCACACCGGGGGACACUCGGCAGGAAGUUCGGCAUAAAGUGAGCGGUUCUGCUGUCUGUGAGCUGUACAGUCACACUUGGAUUAACUGCGAACUGGACCUGAAACCAGGAGACUCCGCGAGGAGAUGAAGAUGAGGAGGGGGCCCUCAGGAAUGUGAGCUGGAGGCUCGGUUCUUCUCAUGCGGUGCCUCCUGGCGUCAGCCGGCGGUCUCCUCCUGAGGGAGGCCGGGAUGCUGCUCCGCCGCCGGUCCUGCUCCGCCCCGCUGCUGCUGCUCGGGGUGGCGGUGUGUCUCUUCUACCAGACCCUGAUGGUGGCCCGGAACCGGCUCCGGUCCGGACAGCAGCAGCACGCCGCCGACAUCCGCAGCAGGAGGCCGGCAGACGAAGUCCUGAUGGAGGAGACCAGGAGGUUCAUCAAUACUCUGGAAACUGUACAGGCCCAGGUCCGGUCUCAGCCGUCUCCCCUCCGUCUCCGGGCAGUGGUACUGAUGGGUCGACACCUGGUCUCAGACCCAGAGGUCCAGCUGUACCAGAGAGUCCUGCAGCAGCUGGACUAUGAGGUCCAGAUGUCCAGAUACACCGAGACCAGCAGCUUCCUGCGGAGUAACCAAGGUGUGACUGGGUGGAGCUUGUUACUGUGUCUCAGUAGUUCAGAGAGAAGCUGUUUGAGGAGAAUCUCCUUCUACCACCUGCAGAGUCAUCAGAUGGUGAACUUGUUGCCUGGGCUGAUGGAGGCGUUCUCUGACGCAGGUGGAGGUCUCUGUCACUUCUACAGCCACUCGCACCUGACAGGCUCUGAAUUACCCAUGAGGCCAUUCUCCUGUGGAUUGACCAAUCAGAAGCUGCAGGGUGUCCCGCCUCCUGCUCUGGUUGCCGUGGUGAAUGUUUACGUCCUGGUGACCUCAGUGAACCCACUGAUUUCUUUCCUGCAUGACAUCAGCGUGGUGACGACCAAUCAGGAGCAGAGGGGGCGGGCCAGGAAGCUCAGGGACUUCCUGCUGCAGCAGUUGGGAACAAACACUUCCCAUGAGGCUUUGGGGCAGGUGAAGAAGGUGAUUGGUGAAGUGCUGCAGGCAGCUGUGUCGACCACUCAGAGGCAACAAACUCUCCACAGGUGUGUGUUGUGUUACCAGCUGCUCACCUUCAGUCUGCUCUUCAGUGGCUCUGUCACACCUGUCGUGGUCCAGGUGGAAACAGACCUGACGCUCUCUGCCCUGUCUGAUGAAACGUUUGACCGACAGAUCACCAAAGACCUGAUCCUGGAGGACACACUGCGCUUCCUGCUGUCCUCACACACACACCUGUCCUCACACACAGAUGGCAGACAGUAUGGUGGCUGCAGAGGGACACACUGUUUGUCAGAAGAUGAGUUUCUUCUUCUGCUCCAGUUUCAGCGGCAGAUGAAGACGCCUUCAGCCUUUCAGCUGCUGUCUCCCAGCUCCUCCUCCUCCUCCUCCUCCUCCUCCUCAGCUCCUCUAAGUGUCGCUGAUCUUGUGAUCAGGAUCAGUCAUUACUACGAGCUGCAGACCAACUGCAGCCACAGAACUGAUGAGACAGAAGAACUGACCAAUCAGGGCUCAGCUCAGUCUUCUUCACAGGAUGAAGGUGUGUGUCUGGACCCUCACCUCAGACAGAUCUACACCGACCCCCCCCUCACUCUGACCCCGCCCUUCAGCCCCUGGGUGAAGGAGUACCACGCCGAGGUUGCCUUUGACCUGGUGACGGUUCGUAUCCGACCCGAGCCCGUCAGACCGAACUGUCGGGUCCACCUUGACGAGCACCGAGGCCCCAGGAUGGCGAACUACCCCGUCGGACUCGGCGAUAGCAGGAUCAGCAUCCUAGUGACGGACGACACUGAGCAGGAGCCCGUCAUCAUGACGAUCUACACCGUCCACAUGUACCGCGAGAGCCGGCCCAGUUUGCCCAUGUUCGGGGAACAUGUGAUGUGCAGCUUCGUGCAGGACUGCGGUCUGCUGGUUCAGCCCGGUCUCUCCUGUGGUCUCCAGCCCUUCAUCAAGUCUCACGCUUCACUUCACACCUGCAGCUCCGGACAUCAACCAGGUCGGUGGGUGGUUCCGUGUCUCAGCUGUUCUGACAACAGGACGUGUGAUUGGAGGGAGGUUGCCUGGCAACCAGAUGGCUGUUACCACCCGCUGGUGGACCGUCCUCUGUUGCAGCACUGUAUGAGGGACAGGAAGGUGUUGUUCAUCGGGGACUCGACCAAUCGUGGGAUGAUGUACUUCCUGAUGGAGCGAGUGAACGUCAGUCUGGAGGACUGGGGAAAGGCUCACGACACGCUGGUCUACAGGAACCUGAACGGCAACCGGACCCAGGUCAGCUACUCGUACUACCCUCAGUUCUGGUUGGAGAAGAAGAAGAGGCCGACGUUCAGACAGGCUCUGCUGCAGCUCAUCGACAGGUCACGACCUCUAGUGAAUUCUAACCUGACAGUCCUGGUGGUGGGCGGAGUCCAGUGGCUCAACACAGAUCACCUGAGGACCAUCAGAGAGGUGCUCAACAGAGUCUCCCUUAGUGACGUGCUGGUGGUGGUGAAAUCUUUGGGGAUGGGCUUCCAUCUUCCUGUGGAUGGGAUCCGAUCCCUCAGUCCGAGAGAGAUCCAGGAUUUGUACAGAGAGAAUCUAAACAUCAUCGUCACAGCAAAGCAUCAUGGGUACGAGGUGAUCGACACGUUCAGCAUCACAAUGGGUCGAUACAAAGAGUUCCUGCAGGGCCGCUGUGCCUGCCACUUCCACCAGGUGGACAAGUUUUGGUCCAGCAGGCUUCCAGAAAAUAUGACGUCCACAACCACCAGAACCAGAACCGGACCAGGACUCAGCAUCAAAUCAGCUGUGCACGACAUGGACCAGGAGACGUGGCCCAAACCCUCGUCCUACCAUGUGAGAGGACCAGUGAACCAGGUGUACUCUGAGAUCCUGCUGAGCCGCCUGUGUCCCAGAAACACCUGAGUGUGUGUGUGUGUGUGUGUGUGUGUGUGGAUCAACGCUGACCACGUUCCCUGUCGGUUCUGUUCGUCUGAAUAACUGAACUUUAUUAUUAUAAAUAUUAGAUAAGCUCUCCAUGUGACACCACAAUUAAAAAAAAACUUAAGAGUUGAAGGUCCAAAGUAAAUACAGACAGAACCUUUUCCUGCUGCUCCAUGAAGAUCAGCGAGUCCGUCAUCAGAAGCACCUGAAGGAUUUCCUCAUGUGCAGUCGUUAAUAAACACAAGCAGAAUACACAGAGUAGAAGAGUAGAAGAAGAAGAGUUUGGGUUGGUGACGUGUACCGGCCAGUUUCAGCUCACACCAGCUACGUUUAGCUAGCUGCUCUCCAGCUAUUUUAAUGUUGGCCAGCUAGUUGUUAUGUGAAGGUAAUAGCUGUAAUGCUAAUCUGCUAGCUGCCUAAUGGACACUGACUUGUAUCUAAUGUACAGAGACUCAUUUCUGACACAUGAUAGCUACUCUUUAAUGCGCUUCAGGGUUUUUUCUUUAAGUGCAUCGGCUAGUUUGCUGAUAAGUAGUAGCGAGUUAGCAUUCUCGCUAAUGAGUUCCUAGCUAGUUUCUCAUGUGCGCUGAGUAGUGUUAGCGCAGAGCGGCUGGUCUGCAAGUGAAGGUCUCAGAUGUUGUUGGACUCACAUCAGCCUCUUUGUUUCCUCAUCCACAUUGUAUUUAUAUUUAUAUUUAUAUUUAUAUACCUCAGUCCAUCACUUUAUUGUGUAUAUCAGAUAACAUUCAGCACCAAAGACUCGAUGAUAACCGUGUUUAUCAUGUGAGGGAAAUGUCUUAUUUCACCCUCUGCUUAUAUUUUCUAUAUUUUUCUACAGAUGAAUAUUGUGCCUUUGUCUCUGGACAUGUUUACAUGCUGGAAAAUAGAAUAUAUGAAUAUUUAUAUGAACAUUAUGAUUCUCCUCUGCUCUUUAAAAUACGAACACAUUUACUAGAAAGCAAACCGGCACAAACAUGAAAACAUGAAACAGUUUUAUUUCAACUUCCUCUGUUGCUCCUGAAUGUUUAACAUCUUCAAAAUCUGUUUUCUACUUAAAACUGUCACAAUUUAAAAAAAAAAACAAACUGUAAAUUGUGUCUUUAUAUUUUGUCUUUGCAAUAAAACUUCUGUGUAUCAUAAACAUUU